AGAUUGGUCGAGGGGGAGAGGUCAGACUAAGACAGGUACCCUGGUCCUCCAGGUUGGGGGUUGGUCACAAGGCUAACAACCUUGCACCGUAAAAAGGAAGAUGUUUCAAAACCUCAAUCAAAGCCUCUGAUAGAAUGCACGUAACAAUGGGACCGAGUGGAAGAGGAGAAUUGAGGAAGCCAUGGACCGAAUAUGGACCAGAGAGCCACAGAAGAAGAAGUUUUGGGACACAAGUAAAUACCUUAAAAGGCGAAGUACGAAUUUCAAAGGACUUUGAAAGUGAGAAUGCAAAAAUGUAUGGUGGUCAGGAGCGGUGGUACUACGUUGAAUGCUUUGCGGAACUGCGCGAUGAACUGGAAUUUUGGGAAUCUGGGGAUUGUCUUCCUGGUAUCGAGAGCUUAAAGGAAAAAGAUCAGCAAUUGGUGAAAAACAAAUUGCCUAAAGUUGAAAAACGUGUGUCUUGCACUGUUGAAGGAAAGAAAAAGCUGAUGCAGUUGAUGAUAGACCAGGCCCAUCAAAGAAAAUGGAAGUCAGCAAUGACAAUUCUAAAAUAAAAGCACAGAAUGAACUGAUGUACAAAUAUUGAGAUCAGCUGAAGGACAUUCAGAAGAAUGGUUUGCAAAGGCUGUUCAAUGGGUAUCAGAUCCACCAUUCUUGAUCACUGCUCCAUUAUAAUUCAUAUGUUAUUUGUAGGGGAAUGACUUUUAGCAGAGUGUGUUCUUAUUAAUUUUAAGGGCUAGAAUUAUUCAUAUCAGAAUCAGGAUUGCAGCAAUCUCAUAACAAUUAAAUCUUACC